AUGUGGUCUUCCCACAAACCCAAACUCAGUGGACUUCGACAUUCUGUCAAAUCAAAAAUGGGUAUUCCAUCCUCAUUACCCACAAACCCUAACUUGACCCAGUCGCGCUCCUCACCGCCACCACAAACGCCGCCAUUACCUCAAUCGCCACCACCUCAGUCACCGCCACCACCCCCAAGCCAAAUACCACCUUUCAUUCCGCCGACUCCCCUCUCGCCGCAAUCCGAGCCACAAAAUGAAACACCAAUUCCCGACACCCAUUCCCCAGAACCAGCGCCUGAACCUGUGCCUACUCAAAUGAGAACCCAAGGCAAAACAAAAAAAGCUGCAAGUAAACUUAAGAAAACCCCUGUCGGAAAACGGAAACGAGUACCCUCUGUUCCUUUCGACCUAAAUUCUCCACCUCAGCCGUCCUCUGAACCAGUUAGCAAAAGGACCAGGUCUUCCUCGCAAACUCCAGCACCAGUGACCCAAACACCAGUAUCUCAGUCUUCCUUGCAAACUCCAGCACCUGCGUCAUCUGCAGAUACUAUAGAGGAGGGAACCAGUGUACAAGGAUCUAACCCUCGAAUUUUUGAGUUCCCUAAGGUUGAGUUUCAAACCAACAGUGCCUGA